GUCGCUCCGCCAGAAGAUCCGCACCGAAGGACCAAAAUUUUGCCGCGGAGAGCCAGCACAGGCCCCGCUCUCGAUUUCGACGGUCUAAAUGUGAACCGAACGCGCGUCCAGCUGAUAAACCGGAGCGGCCGACAGUGUACCGACCAAGUACGCGGACAGUUUGCCCCGUGAACCGAUGAGAUAUAGCUCACACGCGAACAUGGCUUCCGCGCUCCUCCUCACCAUGCUCAACGUGUCCAUCAUCGGGUGUCCCAUGUCGAUGGACAUCCUCCCCUGCACCUGCAAGAUGGACAUAGGGUCCCACGUGAAGAACGUUCAGUGCACCGGGUUGAAUUCCUACAACGACGUCUACACGGCCCUGCACGGGCACUUUGGCGCGCACGAGAGGGUGGCUCUGAAGGUGCUGGGCUCGAAUCUGCACGACAUGCCGCCGGGGUCUUUCAAGAAGCUGAACAUGUCCAUCGUUAACCUGCAGCUGAACCACGACAAUCUAGAAAAGGUAGAUACAGACGUGUUCGAAGGACUGCAAGGAGUUACCUACUUCAGUUUAGCAGACAACUACAUAGAUCAGAUACCUGAACAUCUAUGGCCCCACCUUCCGAAUGCUGGAACUCUUGAUUUUGGACGGACCAAGAUCAGAGAACUGAGGGAGUCCAAUUUCAAAGCAUUACCACACCUAACAGCGCUUAUAGUACCUGGCUGCAUGAUAACGAACAUAGAAAAGAAUUCUAUUCCGUCAGAAGUACAACGACUCCAUUUAGGCAGAAAUUCUCUGACCACACUCAACGGCACCAUCAGGAACCUGUCAGAUCUCAACUGGCUGUUUAUCAACGACAACGACCUGACAGACUUGGAGGAUGAACUGCCUGAGGGGGCGCAGAGGCUGAAGAUGAUCCACGCCUUGAACAACAAGAUCGAGAAACUGCCGAGAUCUCUGAUGACCCUACCAGCGUUGGAGACCAUUUUUUUGCAGCACAACAAACUGAGGAGCCUGGAUGGAUGUCUAUCGAAAUCUAGGAGGCUGCAGAGGGUCUACCUUGACAACAACAUGAUCGACACGCUAACCGAAGACGACUUCAAAGAGGCGGAGUCCUUGGUUCAUCUCUUGCUGGGCUUCAACAGGAUAACCUCUCUGAAUAAUUCGCUGUCGGGUUUGAGAAACCUCCAGUUCCUCAAUGUCACCACCAACCUCAUGGAAGAAUUUUCGUUUGAGGAGAUAAAGGGAUUGGAGAAACUAUCAGCUAUAGAUCUAUCGUUCAAUAAGAUAUCAUCGAUAAAAGGACCGCCUACGAAUCUAAUCGAAUGGAACAUAAAAUUGUCGGACCUGAAAUUGGACCAUAACGAGAUCGACUCGCUGAACGGAAGUCUGUCUGGGCUGAGGGAACUAAUCAGGCUGAACCUCAGCUUCAACAAAUUGAGGAAAAUUUCCCCCGACGAUUUCAUGGGGUUGGACAAGCUGAGUCUGCUCGACCUCUCCCACAAUUACCUGAAGACGUUGGAGGAGAUGAGCGGGACGUUCCUGCCCAAGCUGGAAGUGCUGAAAGCGAGUCAUAAUCAGCUGACCAUUCUGGAGAAGGACUUCCAAGGUCUGCCUAUACUUUGCCAUGCCGAUCUGGCCAAUAACAAUAUCAUAGCUUUGGGUCGCGAGCUGGUCAGUAAAACUAGGUGCACCCUUGGGAAUGGGGCCAAUGAGGGAACCUGGGAUACGUUGAAGAUUUAUCUACAAGACAAUCCAAUUCUUUGCGACGCCGCAUUACCCGAGAUAUCCGCCUACAUGGAGAUCAACCACACCCGGAUAUACGGAAUCUCCCAUUGUCCCCCUUUGAGCGAACAGCCCGUCACCAGCAAACCCAACGGCUUCCUAGGUUACAUCCCAGAAACGACUGCCACCCUUACUGCAACUUCGCCAAAGACCAUCCAAUUAUCAAAACCUCUCCCUCUGCAAGAAUCCCUGGACCCACUAGUCACAAUAUCCAACUCCACCAUCAACGAUUCCAUCAAAUUGUCAAAGCUUGCUUCAGAAAUACAACAAAUAAAGAAGAGGGUCGAAGAACUCGCUACUCAGAUAGAAACGAAGCCCGAAAAACACGAGGAUUUGGGUGAAAAUAGAAAACCGUGAGGUGGUUUCAGUUAAACUUCAUUAAAGGCCUUAUUAAGUUGAUAUUUCGAAUAUUUAUUGCUAGUCAUCUUAGAGCUAUCACUUUGUCUUUUCUGGAGUAUUGAUUAUUAAUUCCAAAUUAUCUUAGUAAUGAUAAGAUAUUGUCGAGUAUUUUCUCUUUCGAAAGCAAGUUAUCAAAGCUUUUACGAUUGUGAAGAGCGCCAAAUCAAAAUUUCUACAAAUCAUGAUCAAGUAUUAUGAAUGAACCAGAACCAGGGUCCUAGAGAAAACCUCCGAAACAUAACAUACUUGAGAAUAUUGAAAUUAUCUGGUAUUAAAAGAAUAUAAAUCAAUUCGACUUUCAAUCUGCAGAAAAACGUCCAACAACUGACCUUAUAUAAUAGUACAUUUAUAGGACCAAUUUAGACUUAGUUAUUUUAAUAUCACCAUCCUAAAUGCUCACCAACUUCCCAGUUUUAAAAGCCAAGAUUUUUUGGAAGUUUCAUCAUAGCUUAAAACAUGUUAAGUAGAAUUUGGAGAUAUGAAUUUAUUUACAACACAAAUAGAAAAAACUGAUAUUUUUAUUUAAUGUAAAGUAUUUAAAUUGUAUCAAGUAAUGUGUUACAAGUCAUAGUGUAUUGUAUAGAUAGUUUUAAAAUAUUUAAUAUAUAUUUAUCACAACUUCUUUGUAUCGUAUCCAAAUAGUCAAUAUCAUGAAUCCAAAAA